AUGGGUCAUAUUUUGGUGGUACACAAAGAGAUAAGUUGAUGUGGUUUUCAUAACCUGACUUAAGUUAAUGAGUGUUCCGAAACGUCGUGUUGCUAUGUCAUUUCGGCAUCGGUUACCAAGUGUGGCGGCGGAAACUGGCCAAGAGAACAUUUUGUUUUUCUACCUUGGCUUUUGCUCCCAUCGUCCGUCAAGCAGAGCCUGAGGCGGGCAGCCGCUGUCAGGAACUGCCGACCAAACAAACACAACUUUCAUUCAAGCAAAUCGUUUAUCGUGAGGCAGGAAUUACAAAAUGCGAGGCUUUAAAAGACUGUUUACCGGUGGCACUUUGUGGACUUGGAGGAGUAAACGGACAAGUCAACCAGGAGGGACAUCAUUUUCAUCAUGCAGUACAAAAGUGUGUGUUGUUGGUAGUGGGCCAGCAGGCUUCUACACAGCACAGCACUUGAUCAAGGCACGUCAAGAUGUUGAGGUGGACAUUUACGAGCGACUGCCUGUCCCUUUUGGCCUUGUUAGGUUUGGGGUUGCUCCUGAUCAUCCUGAAGUGAAGAAUGUCAUCAACUCGUUUACGCAGACAGCUAAACAUGCACGCUGUCGUUUUUACGGAAACGUAAACGUCGGGAAAGACGUGAGCGUUCAAGAGCUGCGGCAAGCGUACCAUGCAGUAAUACUGAGUUAUGGGGCGGAGGGAAACCGGAGGAUGGGGAUCCCUGGAGAAGACCUAACAGGGGUGUAUUCUGCCAAAGACUUUGUGGGCUGGUACAAUGGAUUGCCAAGCUGUCGGGAGCUGAGCCCCGACCUGAGUUGUGAAACUGCAGUCAUUCUGGGACAAGGCAAUGUGGCUUUGGACGUCGCCAGAAUAUUACUGUCCCCGAUUGACAUUUUAAAGAAAACCGACAUCACUCAGUCAGCCCUGGAAGCGUUAAUGGAGAGCAAGGUCUGCAGGGUGCUUAUUGUCGGCAGGAGAGGACCCAUGCAGGUUGCGUGCACAAUUAAGGAGCUUCGAGAAAUGGUGAAGCUACCAGGCACCAGACCGGAGAUGCUGCAAAAAGAUUUUGUGGGUGUCUCGGAGGCCCUAUCAGAUUUGCCAAGACCGAGAAAACGUCUCACAGAGCUAAUGCUAAAAACCGCCGUCGAGCUUCCGACGGAGGAGGAAGGAGAACGAAGAGCCAAAUGCUCGCGCAGUUGGGGACUUCGAUUCUUCCGAAGUCCCGUCCGGGUCCUGCCCAAUUCUGACGGAACGGGGAUAGAAGCCAUCCGACUGGCAGUCAACAAACUGGAGGGUUCAGGUGAGGCUGCUCGUGCGGUGCUCACUGACGAGUUAGAGGAUGUGACCUGUGGCCUUGUCAUUAGCAGUAUCGGCUACAAGAGCCUCCACAUUGACCCAGCGGUGCCAUUUGACCCCGACAAAGCCAUAGUUCCCAACCAAAUGGGACGGGUUCAACAAGCUCCAGGUUUGUACUGUAGCGGCUGGCUCAAGACGGGCCCAACUGGUGUGAUCGCCACCACUAUGAAUAAUAGUUUUGACACUGCAAAAUCCUUGAUGGAAGACUUGGAUUCAGGAAUUUUGGACACAUCGGCCGCUAAAUCUGGGGCACAAAAUAUCACAACUCUACUUGAGAAGAGAGGAGUAAUCCCGGUGACCUUCUCGGAUUGGGAAAAGAUUGACCAUUUGGAAACAAGGAGGGGCGAGUCCAUAGGAAAACCAAGAGAAAAACUGCUGACUGUAGAAGCAAUGCUCCAAGUGGCAUGGGCCUGAUCACCAUAAACAGUUUAGAGAUGAAAAACCAAGAGAAAGACUGCUAACAGUAGGUCACUGCUCCAUGUGGCAUGGGCACGAUCAUCAUGAACAAUUUCAGUCAAAAGACCCUUCACCUUUCAGUCGGAUGAGAACGUGUCUCAACACAUUUGACCAUGGGUGUACUGUAUGACUAUUGUCACAUCAGACAGAAAACAGGAUGACCAUCAUGCAUUAAAUUUUUUUUAACCAUUAUUUUUUUGUAAUCAAUUUUAAUCUAUAUAAAAGGUCUGUAAACAAACAUGAAAUAAUAAGUUUAAUUCACUGCAAUACAAUAAAGUAUGUUCAAUGCACAA